UUCUUCACAGCUACAGUUCGCACCUAUUGUUACGGGACGCACGAAUACGUCGUGCGGAGCGUGAGCUUUUGCAGUAUUGGUUUGCAGAGAUUAGUCGGGAUGAAUUUAGAUACUCAGAAUUCGUCCAAGCCGCGCUCCCACAGGUCGUUAAAUCCAAAGAAGUACGCCAAAAGUGAAACAGUUGACAAAGAGAAUAUUGAGAAGGAAAACAAAAUGCCGGUAAUCGAUACCACGCGCAAAGUCACCUCCUCCCCGCGCAACACUAGAAAUACAAGGAGUUUUGAUAACAACUACGAUCGAUCGGUACGGCCAAGGGGACUGCAAGAACUUGAUGCAACUAAUAGUCAAGGUGUCAUCGCUAAAAGAUCGACUCAAUCAUCGAGCGAUACAAAUCCCACUAAACCAUUUUCUAGAACUCGGUUUUCAAUAUAUAAUGAUACAAAAAAUAAUGAGGAUACCAAAUCGACUACAAAACAACCUCAUUAUAAAUCUAAAGAGAGCGAAAAAUUAUUGAAAGUAUCAUGUUUACGCGAGGCUGUACUAAAUGAAAUUACUUCGAAGGAAAAUGAUAAAAAAAGCGAUGAAAAAUUAGCGGCGUCCAUGACAUACGUAGUAUCACCAAAGAAUCUACCAAAUAUUCCAAAAGUCAAUGUAUUUAAAAUUAAAGAGGAGCAUAAGAAAGCAUCCAGCACAAGGAAAAUGCCAAAGGUUAUCUAUGAGGUUUUAUCAUUGGAAUUAGCGUAUAAUAUUGAUUAUAUGUACGAGUAUGUCAGAUUUCAAAUGGAAAUUAGUGAAAAGAAGAGGCUUUGUCCAGUUUUUUUGACGAAAGGUAUAUCCGUAGAUCAACGGAGAUUAAUCGUAAAAUAUCUACUGUGUUCCACUUCAUACCACAAGUAUCCAUCGUUCAUUUUGUAUCAAGCAGUCAAAAUAUUUGAUUCUUACAUUAAUGCAAUUGAAGUGGCUUUAAAUGAACUACAAACAGUUGCACUGGCGGCACUUUGGAUUGCAUUAAAAAAAGAUUUAAUAAUCGACGACGUACCGGAGGCUUCGACGAUAAUCAAACUAGCUGGAACUGCUUUUCAAGGUAAUAAAAAACCCCUUUUCGAAUGUGAGAAGAAAAUAUUGAUGACAUUGAACUUCGAAAUAUCUUUUGCCGAGCCAUUUUCUAUGCUGGCUUUAUAUACCGUUAUGAUCGACGAAGUUCGUGAUUUAGCUUCGAUGAAAGUACAAGAGCUCUAUUACUGUGGCAGUUAUUUGGUAAAUCGCUGUAUUUACUUUCAUGAAAUUUAAAAUUUGUAUGCUAUUAACAAUUCAUUAAGUCACGUGCUAUUAUAAAAGUA